CCCCAAUUUUAGGAUUUCAAACUUGUACCCUCCUCUCUCUCUCUCUCUCUCUCUCUCUCUCUCCGGUCUCCUCUUCUCUCCUCUCCUACAAAAGGAAAGAAAACAUCCUCACUUCUCCCCCUCCCAAACAAACAAACUACUUCUCAGAAUCCGGAAACUGAAAAACAGACAGAGAGACCAUGGCCUCCGCUUCUUCUGCAAACCACAUUCUCCUCUCACCACCUCCUUCCCUACCCUCUCUCCUUCCUCCUCCUUCUACCGCCAAAUUCCCUCACAUCUCCUUCCCUAGGAAUUACCUCUCUCACUCCUCCCUAAUUCGAUCUCAACCACAGUUGCCCUGCUUCAUCACCAACGCCGCUGCUUUGAAUACAGCCCAAUCCCCAAACAUCGUCUCUCUAUCCAAAACCACAGAUCCGGACCACACCACCAACACCUCCAAACCUACAAUCCUCGUCUCCGAAAAACUCGGAGAAGGCGGUCUCGACCUCCUCCGAAGCUUCGCCGACGUCGAGUGCCUCUAUGGCAUGUCUCCGGAGCAGCUGUGCAAGGAGAUCUCCAGGUUCGACGCCCUCAUCGUCAGGAGCGGUACCAAGGUCUCGCGAGAUGUGUUCCAGGCCGCCAACGGCCGCUUGAAGGUCGUGGGAAGGGCAGGAGUCGGGAUCGACAAUGUGGAUCUGCAGGCGGCCACUGAGUUGGGAUGCCUCGUUGUCAAUGCGCCCACGGCGAAUACCAUCGCCGCUGCUGAGCACGCUAUUGCUCUGCUUGCCUCUAUGGCUCGAAAUGUCGCUCAGUCCGAUGCCUCCGUCAAAUCUGGAAAAUGGCAACGUACGAAGUACAUUGGAGUCUCUCUUGUUGGGAAAACAUUAGCAAUAAUGGGAUUCGGGAAAGUUGGAUCUGAAGUUGCAAGACGUGCAAAAGGCCUAGGUAUGCAUGUAAUUUCGCACGACCCAUAUGCCCCAGCUGAUAGAGCCCGUGCUAUUGGUGUGGACUUGGUCUCUUUCGAUGAUGCCAUAUCAACUGCGGACUUCAUUUCUCUCCAUAUGCCCCUCACUCCUACCACUUCCAAGGUAUUCAACGAUGAUACUUUUGCAAAGAUGAAGAAGGGAGCUCGCAUUAUUAAUGUUGCCAGGGGUGGUGUUAUCGAUGAAGAUGCAUUAGUGAGGGCCCUUGAAAGUGGAGUAGUUUCACAGGCAGCACUUGAUGUGUUCAGCGAGGAGCCCCCACCCUCAGAUAGCAAAUUGUUGCAAUUUGAGAAUGUCACUCUUACACCUCAUCUUGGAGCUAGCACUAAGGAAGCACAGGAAGGUGUGGCUGUAGAAAUAGCCGAAGCUGUAGUUGGAGCGUUGAGAGGGGAACUUUCUGCAACUGCUGUUAAUGCUCCCAUGGUCCCUGCCGAGGUUCUCUCUCAGUUGGCUCCAUACGUUCUGCUAGCUGAGAAACUGGGUAGGCUAGCUGUACAGUUGGUGGCUGGAGGGGACGGAAUCAAAGCAGUUAAGGUGGUCUACAGAUCAGCUAGAGACCCAGAUGACCUGGACACCAGACUUCUCCGUGCCAUGAUCAUAAAGGGCAUCAUCGAGCCUAUAUCUGACUCAUUCGUCAACUUAGUUAAUGCUGAUUUCACUGCCAAGCAGAAAGGUCUCCGUAUUAGUGAGGAGAGAGUGGUGGUUGAUUCAUCCCCCGAGAACCCUAUUGACUCAAUCCAGGUCCUAAUAAGCAAUACGGAGUCCAAAUUUGCGAGUGCUGAGUCGGAGCAUGGAAAUGUUAGCAUUGAGGGGAGAGUGAAAUAUGGGAUACCUCAUCUGACGCGAGUGGGAUCUUUCAGUGUGGAUGUGAGUCUGGAAGGGAACCUGAUAUUGUGUUGCCAGGUGGACCAACCUGGGAUGAUCGGACGGGUUGGAAACAUUCUUGGUGAACAGAAUUAUAAUGUCAGCUUUAUGAGUGUAGGAAGGACUGUUAAGAGGACUAAGGCCAUCAUGGCGAUUGGUGUUGAUGAAGAGCCAGAUAAGAACACCCUCAAGAAAAUAGGAGAGGUACCUGCAAUUGAAGAGUUUGUGUUUCUCAAACUAUAGAGUGUUGGUCGAAAUUCUUCCUCCAACUGGAAUGAUUGUUGAGGAACAAUAGGCUUCAUACAUGUGUUUUUGUGUGAGAGGUUAGAAUAAAGUUAGCUGCCUCACAAAUAAAGGAGUGACUUCUGCCCCUACAGACCGUCCAUGGUUGGUAUAGUCUAAGCUUAAAUCCAGAUAGCGUGUAAACUCCUUUCUGUUGUAAGCCCUCUUCUUGUUGUUGGCAGGUUGUAAUUCUAGUGGAAUUUUUUUUUUGAUCGGCGUGAUUCUAGUGGUUUUACUGCUGACAUUUAUGGCAAUUCGAAUUUCUAGUUCAGUUCCCUUA